AUGCUCAAGCUUCGGACGGAUCAGACUAGGGACUAUCCCACCUCGACAAACCAACAGAGCAACACAAAUCUUGAGACAACAGACCCCUCAACAUCAGCCCAGACUAUCAAAACUACUAGCCUUAGAUCCCAAACACCAGGCCACUCGGAGAGUAUCAAGCCGUCCCUUUGGGAUCGCGCAUACGACGACCUUAAGAAAACGGACGGACAGCUAGUUGAAGAAUAUGAAAAGCUGCUCUCUAUCGAGUUGCGAACCAACACGGGUCAGAAGCUCGCCCUACCAAUCGACCAUGAUGACAACUUCUAUGAAACAAUGACGACAACUGAGAAUCGAAUCAAUAGUACGAACCCCAAUAAGCGCCUAGAGCAACUGAAGACAAUCACCGAUCGCGGGCUUGGACAAUUGGAAGACGGGAGGACGAAAUAUCGUAUAUUCGGUCACGACUUCAUUCCACACAAUAAGCUAGCGCAGGCUACUCGAUUUAUACAAAACAUCAGAAACAUCAUUGAUGAAGCUGUCAGACUAUCACCCCAUGCCUCCUUGGCGUGGGCUGGUGUCUGUGUCCUUCUGCCUCUCUUCAUGAAUUCCAGUAUUGCAGAAGAGGCGAGUCGCGACGGUUACUUGUACGUCACCUCUCGCAUUCAAUUCUACCUCAAGUUGGAGCCUCUGUUAUUAUCAUCAUGCGACAAAUUUCAGACCUUUGAGAUAAAUAAGGAGCUUGAGAACCGCCUCAUAGCACUUUACCAACAAGUCAUUGAGUUUCAGAUGAAAACCGUGCGGCGUGUCUAUCUAACACGACUUGUCAGAUAUACAGAGGACACUACCGGGCAUGAAGAUUGGAAGGACAUGAAGGCAAAAAUCCAACAGUCAGAAGAGAUUCUUAUCAAUGAUUCCAAGUUGGUCAACGAUGUGGUCACAAGGGGAGAGCUGAAGAAGCUUAGCGAAAAUGCAAAGGGGUUCUUUGCGGACAUCACAUCCAUUCUGACUCCCUUGGUCAAGGAUAGCUGCAAGGGACCAACUUUGCACUUUCGGAAUGAAGGUUCAGGCACUCAAUACAACACAACAGGGGGAGUCCAGCAUAAUGGGACAGUCAAUGGUAAUAAUUUCUCCGGGGCAACCUUUGGAGGGCCUCUGAAAUUUAAUCAGGGUGAAGCCUGUCGAUAA